AUGUUCACUGAAGAAGAAAUCGUUGCUUAUUCUUAUUUACCAUUAUGGGCAUGGUGUUAUUUAUGUAUAACUGGUAUAAUAUUUCUUUGUACAUUAUGUACAUUAUGUUAUUUACAAAAAUGGUUAUGCUUUAAAAUAAUACUGGAGAAACGUUGGUGUGUUAACAAUUCAAUUGAUACGGGUACUGACUUCAGUGAAUAUACCGAUAGCAACCAUAGUAUUACGUAAUCAUUGUAAAUCCAUUAUGAUAAACAAAAGUAUCUUUUCUUAUUGUAAAGAUCAUUGAAUCUUUUUCAAUGAAUGAAGCAUUUUCAAC